GCAAAUCGAUCGAUUCCAUGUUGAUUGAUGCAAUAGUGACAAUUAAACCCUGCUUGUGACGAUGCUGAUAAUCUGAUAUAGAGCUGUUCUACAAGUUUCAAAUACCUCUGCCAGAUUCUGUGUAACUUUAGAUAUUGCCCCUCCAAAUACCCCUCCCUCUGCCUGAGAGAGCAUUGUCAGCUGAAAGUUCAACUUAUGUGGGAAGAAUCUACCCAUUUUCGCUUCGUCUAAUACCCUCCUACGUCGUCAGCCAGCCAGAAGUGCUUGAGAACCCCAUUCAAAAAUGUUGCGAAGCACGCGAGCUCUGUGGACAGGCUCCGCGAGAGCAAUCGCCCCCCAGAGAGCUGCUCUUGCUCCGUUACGGCAGCUUUCACUUCGAACCGCAAACAUUACAAUCUCUACCAAUUCCAGACUGCCUAGCAAAGCUCUAUCAUUGUGCGUGAGACCGAUUGUUCGCCGGUCGCAAUAUGCAACCAAGACCCCCGGCCACAUCCAAGCAGGCUCCGAUCCGCAGGAGGAAAAGAAAUUUGGUGAACAGAAGCUGGAAUCGCAUCCAGAAGCAGUUUCAACUGAAUCUAGCGUUCGACAUGCCUGGGAGCCCAACACAAAACAGCCAGAGCCGGAGAUGAAAGACGGACUUGUUCAUGACUUAAAUCUUGUCAAGGAAACAUUUGCCCUGUCAACCGUUCCCAAGGAAUCCUACUUCCUCGGUCUCGCGGGCACUCUACCCUAUCUGGCAACCUCCGCUAGUACCGUCUACCUGUCCUGGGCAAUCAACCACGAGUGGCCGACGACCUCGUCUUUCCUAAACAGUAUCCUCAUAAGCAAUGAGUCGGCACGAUAUUGGCUAGGCGUGGUGGAGCCCAUUCAGCUCGGAUAUGGAGCCGUCAUCAUCAGUUUCCUGGGCGCAAUCCACUGGGGUUUAGAAUAUGCCGAGAAGAAGCCUAGUCUGGACCGCACUCGGUUUCGCUACGGCAUUGGAGUCCUGGCGUCUGUGGUGGCCUGGCCCACCAUGUUCAUGCCCUGGCAAUACGCCCUGACGUCGCAGUUCGCCGCCUUCGUGGGACUCUACUUCGCCGACGCGCGCGCCUCGACCAAGGGAUGGGCUCCGUACUGGUACAGCAGCUACCGCUUCGUACUGACGGCCAUCGUCGGUGUGUCCAUUAUGAUCAGCUUGAUCGGGCGUGCAAAAGCGGGUGAUGCUGCGCCAGAACUGGCCCAGGCAUCUAAGUUCCAUCAGCAUGUGCAAGGCGAGGAGCCGUACACGGAGAAGUGGCAGAAGGCUGAACAUGAGGAGAUUGCGAAGAAUAAGAAGGCUGCCGAGGAGGCCGAAAAGAAGAAGAAAGCAGAGGAUGAAGAGAAGAAAAAGGGUAAGAACAACGGUAAGGGUGAGACGAGUGAAAAGAAGGGCGAGAAGGAUGACGGUGAGAAGCCGGAUAAGAAGAAAGACGAUGAUAAUGUUGAGAAGAAGGAUGAGAAGAAGGAUGAGAAGAAGGAUGAGAAGAAGGAUGAGAAGAAGGAUGAGAAGAAGGAUGUGAAGAAUGACGAGAAGAAGGACGAGAAGAAGGACGAGAAGCAAAAUGAGAAUGAGGCUGAGAAGGAGGAUGAAGGAAAAGACAAGGGUGGUGAUGAUGGUAGCAAAAAGCAGCAUGAGAAGGAUGAGAGAAAGGACGGACAGAAGAAAGACGAGUGAAUAGACGGCGGGAAUAAAUGAAGGGUAUAAUCACAAUUCCCUUUAACAUUUGGAAGAGAUGAUCGCAUGUCCUUCAGGCCGUAAGGUUAUAAUUCAGGGACCACAUCUUGGCGUUUAGGUAGGUCUUAUAUGUUUAUUCUUCAAAUAAUUAAUUCCUACAUCAACUCAUA